GUCUAUACCAGAACAAUCGUUUCGUGCCGGCCAAACUCUGGACCAAUUUCCCGUUACACUUCGCAACGCUGCCAUAAUUACCAGAGCUUUAGGAAUCAGAUCAGGAUUGGGCACAAGAGGCAGGUAGAAUGCGUGCCGUGUACCAGGGCGCGGUUGUCACGCUAGCUGCUACAUGUACCUCCAAUACUCAUGAAGGGAUCCUACAAGAGCGCGCCACGAUUCAACAAUGCCCCAGUGCUAGCUUGACUGGAGAGCUGACGAUGAAGCUGCUACUGCAAAGGUAUUCCUCCGCUCUGGACCCGAGCUAUGGGACGAGAAUUUUCAUCAAAGCAUUCAGAACACCAGGGGCUAGACUCUGCAAGAAACCCUUGCGACGCAAACCUUGUGGUUCGGUCAGCAACAGCUUGUUUUUUGAGUGUGCUAAGGGGAGCAUCUCAGAAGCUGGCCGUAACAUCCGUAUCGCAGAAAUAUAUCGCAGUAAGGAGUACAUACAAAAGCUCCGUGAACAACCCAUUCCGUUCUGGCGACGACGAUUCCUGACAUUGCUUCGAAGCUUCAAAUAUACCCCUUGCCAUACUUUUCCCCGCGCCUGCACCGUACGCUGCCCUUGAGGCGAAAGUGCCACGUACACUCGGGAACUUUUUCUCUUGGGAACUGAUCACCCUUCAAGACUCGUUCGAUCAUCCAUAGAUUUCCAUGGGCUUGUCUCAUUUUAACUUCUGGAUUCAGAUCAUCCAACACUACAUUUCCCGCCACCAUUUCUAAGUCAACAGACGCUCUUCCUGCAUUAUCCGGACUCGCUAGUGAGUUUUAUCGAGCUACGGGUGACACAUAUAUCGCUGGACUCUGGGAAUCGAAUAUCGUAGAAGGCCUAGCUGGAGCCGCAAGUCAGGACAUCGCGAGAGACCAAGCCUAUGGCACGGGCACUAGUGA